AUGUAUAGACAAAUACCUUUAUCUGUUGCGUUCAGUAGUGAAAACCCUGACGUCAAAAUAAAGGGGAACAGAGUAACGUUUAAGUUUCCAACAGACUGGAUUGUGAACAUAAAUGAAGAGAAGUACAUUGGCAUAACAAAUAUGUAUAUAACACGUGCUUUCAGAAAGGUUGACUUUAUACUUCAAGUCGAGAUAGAAAAUGACGAACAGUCUUUAAGCGCCCAAAACAUUCACAUAUACAAAUACUUUAAAGACGAUACAACAUUGCUACAAUGUAUGAUUUCAUUUAAUGAGAUGUUCGAGAAAAAGUUUAACAUUGAAGUACAAACUUUACAGCCUUUACGUGAGUUUCUUGCACAACUGAAAGAAGAAGGUAGUCAGCCACAACUUAUAGACUUUCAUUAUGAAUUUAAUGAAAAUGAAGAUGGAACUCAUGACUGUCAGUUUGUUAUAUAUUCACCAUUCAAUGA